AUGAUCAAGUCUACGCUCAUCCUCAGAGAUGACGGCCUCCCAUUGUGCUCUUCGGUCGACGACGAUACGGACCCUGCGCUCGCGGAACAAAAGAAAAAAAUCAAAGUUCUCAUGUCGCGAUUCACACCCAGCUCGGCCCCGGAAGCCACGCUCGAGAGCGGCGCGUUCGAGAUCCACUACGUGCGCGUCGGCGCUGUCGUCUAUUUCGUCAUCGCAGAAAAGGGAUACCCGCGCAACCUGGCGUUCUCGUACCUUAAAGAAGUCGCACAGGAGUUCGAACACUCCUACGGACACGAAUAUACGCGCCCAACCGUGCGUCCUUACGCGUUUGUCACCUUCGACAAUUUCCUGCAGAAAACGAAAAAACUUUAUAGCGACAAACGCGUCCAGGACAACCUGGACCAACUGAAUCAAGAACUCAUGGGUGUCAAACAGAUCAUGACGAAGAACAUAGAAGACCUGCUAUACCGUGGUGACUCUCUGGACAAAAUGAGCGAUCUAAGUGCUUCUCUACGACAAGAUUCCAAAAAAUACCGUAAAUCGGCCCAAAAAAUCAAUUUGGAUCUCCUGAUCAGCCAGUACGCUCCUAUUGCCAUCGUCGCUUUUUUCCUAGUGUUUCUGAUCUGGUGGGUUUUCCUCAAAUGA